AUGACAAGUUAUGAGACAAAUAAUACUAACAACAACAACGAUUACGAUACAGAGGAGUCGAUGGAUAGUUUUGAUGAAGGGACACCAUUGUUGAUUGGCGGUUUCCACAUAAGGUCAAAUGAUUCAAUGCCUCGAUGUAUAGUCAACCGACAGAAUUCCGUUAUUUUAGCACAUACUGGUGAAAGAGUACAUCGAUCAAUUACAUUUACCACUCCUAAUGAUACAUCUAUGGAUUCGGGUCCCUCAACUACAAUAAUGCCAGGUAGGAGCACUUGGCUAUAUCAGAAUGUAAUUAAUCCUUUGAAAAAAGUGUAUUUCAAUGACAUAUUCAGAAAUGUAUUUAAAUGUUCAAUGGCAUAUUUUUUAGCAUCUUUGGGUGUGUAUUAUACUCCAUUUGAUGAAUGGCUUGGUAAUACUGAUUCCAAACAUGUCACGGCAACAGUUGCAGUGUAUUUCCAUCCAGCAAGAACCAAAGGCUCGAUGACUCAAACAUUAAUGUUUGUUGCUAUUUCGAUAGUUUACAGUUUCACAGUUUCAUUUGGAUGUCGAUUUAUCUCGGCAUAUUUCUACAGAGAAGGGGAAGAUGAAUUGAGUCAUCUUAUAGAUUUGGUUAUUAGUUCAAUUGCAUUAGGAGUGAUAUCAUUUAUGAAGCAGAAGGUUAACAAAUUGACUUUUAAUACUGCAUGUUCAUUGGCUUGUAUUUCUAUUGUUGCAUGUAUUGUGAAGGAAGGAAGUACAAACUCUAGUAGUAUCCCCUUGGGAAGAAUAGAAUCUACUUUUCAGGUGGUUGUUACUGGGUGUCUUAUUACAGUUGGAUGUUGUUAUUUGAUAUGGCCCCAGAGUGCUGUCAAGGAAUUACAGACAACUUUAAAUUCUUCAUAUAAUCUAUUCUCACAAGUUAUAUCCAUUUUGGUAAGAAGAUUUGUUGCUGGUGAACAAUUCACAGCCAAGGACACUGAAAUGAUUGAAAAACUAAAGAGUAAUAUUCAUUCGUUAACAAGAUACCUUGAAGAAGCUCAAUACGAGUUGUACGUAACUGGGAAAGAAAAAGAAUGGAAAUUUUUUCAGAAAUUGGUAAAUUCAACCAUUUCAUUGGCAAGACAUUUGCAAGCAUUAAGUGCAGCAACAAGAAUCCAGUCUACUUUGUUGCAUGAAAAUCAUCAUGCACUUAGUGGUACCCCAAGUUUCAGAAGUUUUAGCACGGAAGAUAUCAGACCUACUGCAUCAGUGGAAAAUAUGGCGCAUACAAUGCCACAAUCUGUAAAUGAGGUACAUAACUCGUUACAACUUUUUGAUUUAUUUGUGUACUAUCUUGCUCCAUCAAUCAAAUCAUUGGUAUUCACUAUAAAAGGAGUAUUAUCUGAAGUUCCAUUUGAAAAUUUCAGUAGUGAAAACCCCAACCAGUUUGCUUCAACUACUACACUACAGUACUCAUUAGAUACAGCAAUUAAAUUAUUUGAAGAGAAACAGGAUGAAUCAUUUAACAAACUAUACAGUCAAAAGAUUUUCUCUCAGAAUUCUGAAUUUGAUUUCAGAGCUGAUCAAGAAGAAGUUGCAGCUUGUUGUGGGAAUUUUGCUUCGUUACUUUCCCAAUUUGCCAGUGAAUUACUUCAGUUUAUAAAGCUUUCUGAACAGUACGAUGAAAUAAGUUCAAGCCCCAGGUCUUUCAGUUGGUUGAAAUGGUGGAACAAGAAACACAAACCAAUCAAACGUGUGCAGAAUAGUCUUCAUGCAGCGUUGGAUGAUUUAAGGGGACAAUAUGGGUUAAAUCCACCAAGAAGACAAGACAAUGAACCAUUGAUGCGAAGGUUGAGUUAUAAGCUUUGGAAAUUGUUGAAAGUUUUCAAACGAACUGAUGUGCAAUUUGGUAUUAGAGUUGGGUUGGGUGCUGCCUGUAUUGCUGUAUUUGCAUAUAUCCCAACGACCAAAGAUUUCUUCAGUACUUGGAGAUUAGAAUGGGCGUUGACUAUUUAUUGUAUUAUGAUGAACAAAUCACUUGGUGGUACUACCAUGACGGUAAAAUGGAGAAUUAUCGGUACAUUCUUGGGAGCAUUCACAUCAUUUGCAGUAUGGAAUAUAACCGAUGCUAAUGUUUAUGCAUUAUGUGGUACUGGUAUAUUGAUAUCCAUUCCAUCCUUUUAUAUCAUUAUGUUUUGGAAGAAGAAUAAUGCUUUCGGGAGAUUUAUUCUUUUGACAUACAACUUGACUGCAUUGUACUCUUACAGUAUGGUACAGAAAGAUUCAGAAGAUGAUCAUGAAGGAGGUGACAAUCCUAUUAUUGGACAAAUUGCAUCUCAUCGAUUUAUUGCGGUAUCAAUAGGUAUAGUGUGGGCAUUAAUCAUGGCCACUUGGUUUUUGCCGAAUAGUGCCAGGGUUAGAUUAAAAAAUGGGUUAUCUGUAUUGUGGUUGAGAUUGGGUGUUAUGUGGAACAGUGAUCCAUUAGAGUAUGAUUCAGAAACUAAACAAUUAGUAGGAUUCAAAGCAGAAGAAGGUACCAACAAACUACUUGCAGAAUUAGAAACUUUGUUGAAGCAGGCUCCAGUUGAGUUUAGACUCAAGGGUGUUUUCCCUGCUUCCACAUAUUCCAAACUUAUAAAGGACACAUCUGCCAUUAUAGAUGCAUUCCAAAAUCUUGAUUUGUUAAUUAAAGUUGACCCAACUUUGAGUAAUAGUGAGGAAUUUGUGAUUAAAUACAUCGAAGUAGAACGAGAGGAAGUUGAACAAAGAAUCUUUUUGGUGUUUUAUAUGCUUGCCAGUGCAAUGAAAUUGGGACUUCCUAUACCGAAUAAACCUGCUUCUAUUGAGCAUGCUAAGGAUCGAAUGUUGUAUAAAUUGAGUGAUGUUAGACGCCAACAGGAUAAUGGACUAGUGUUGAAAAAUGCAGAUUUCAUCUUGUUGUAUUCAUACAUUUUGGUUGCUACCACAAUCAGUGAACAAUUAGAUAAGAUUAUGAUUCAAAUUAAAGAAUUAUUAGGGGAAAUUAAUGAAGAAAAGUUUCAACUUGUGUAG